AUGAAUAGCCACAUUGCCGACGCUCUUUUCCAAGGGGAUAUGGUACUUUCAAAGGAGCAGGAAGAUCAACUUGUUGACGACAUUAACGACGAGGGCACUCGCUCCAAACGACAAGCCAUGAGAGAUCCACGAUACCCUGGGAAAAGGUGGCAUGAAGGGGUUAACUAUUUCUUUGACGAUAAUGCAAGCCCAAUAGUUAAAAGUGUCUUCAAGAAGGCGACGGAACUAUGGAAGGCUGAUACCUGCAUCGAUUUCAAAGAAGAUAAAAAUGCAAAGGACAGAGUACGUGUGUGGGUUGGGACCGGAUGUUGGUCAUCUGUUGGCAGAGUUGGUGGAAUGCAGAACAUUUCACUCGGACAAGGCUGCGAAUCAGUCGGAACCGCCGCACACGAAAUCGGCCAUGCACUGGGAUUCUACCAUGCGCACUCAAGACAUGAUCGUGAUGAAUUUAUUACGGUCGAUGUGGCUAAUAUCAAGCCUGAAUGGGUUGACCAAUUUGUGCUGCGAACGAUC